UCUCCUUGUUGUGUUAAGAUGGGCUGUGAUGAAAGAAAUGUCACAAUUCUCUGUUUUAAAACUAUUUGUUUAAAUCCUGUAUGGCUCAUCCUUCUUUUUUUAGCACAUGGAGAUGGAUGUCGCAUGAUUCAGUUCAGAGAACAAAAACAAAAUGUGGCUCUAACGAACCAUAUCAUAAAAAGUGAACAGGUAUUUGACAGAGAUACCUGCGAACUGAAAUGUUACCAGGAUCCAAAUUGCGUUUCCUACAACUAUGGGCCAUCAGCAGAUGGAAACCUACUCUGUGAACUAAGCGAUAAGACCCAUUCACAAGUCCCUGCCAAUGACUUAAAGGCAAAAGAAGAUUAUAUCUACAGUCUAAUCACAGCUAACGCUUGCCAAAGCAGUCCAUGUAAACUUAACUCGACAUGUCAAGCAGGAUUUGGGGCUCAUGGAUACCGAUGCAUUUGUCCAGAGGGUUAUCAUGGGGAAACUUGUGAAUUAGAUGUUAACGAAUGUGCGGUGGCUACUCACGACUGUUCUCCGAACGCUGAUUGUUCAAAUGUUAUGGGAUCAUUUCACUGCAAUUGCAAAUCUGGAUAUAGUGGUGAUGGUAAAACUUGUCAAGCUUUUGGCUCCACCAAGGAACUCGCUGUUUCCUCUUGCAAGUCUCUAUCUUCAUUCAACUUUCCCAGUGGUGUCUAUUGGCUCGAUGUAGAUAGCGGGUCCCGAGACAACUCUUUCAAAGCUUACUGCGAGAUGGAAACUGAUGGAGGAAACUGGACAUUGGUUUGGAGUUACACCUUUACUAACUACUCAAAUUUUCAAGCAAGCUCUAAUGCAAUAACACCCCGACCCAAUUGGCAUGUCUUCAUACCAAGUCGCGUAGACGUCACCGUAUCUAAAAACCCACCCUUGAGUGAAACGGACUUCAAUGCGUUCGAAUUUUCUAAAUGGAAAAUUUUUGGAGAGGAAAUUUUGGUCAAAAGCAACAUCAACAAUUGGAUAAUUUGCUCAUCUGGAGACGGAAAUCUAGCCAAGUGGUCGGACGGGCCUGUAAAUUGUAAGAUCAUCAAGAGCAUCACUGAACAUUGCCCAGAUGGGCCGCCACCCACACAUUUUUUUCGAUAUUUUGGCAGAUACUGUGGACCAAGUUUUUUUAGUGAUUCUUUUCAUUAUUACUUUGAUGGCUGCACAAGGUAUAACUGGCCAACGCAUGACCCCUGUGGGCAAAACUCUGACAGAGGAUUGAAGAAUAUACAAAAUCCACACGGAAAUGUGUUUAUUCGCUGAUUCUUCGAUACUCUUCAGAUCACUUUCGCAUCAGCCUUACACUGGAUAAGGUUGUGCUUAUCAGCAGUGAUCACAAACUGCUUGCUACAGUACCAGUUUCAGAUGAAGUAGUUUAAGGCGUUCAUCAUUUUAUAGGGGUUAUAAUCUUCCAUUCUUUAAUAACACUGAUAUUAGGUUAGAAGACGGGUUAAAACUCCUAGAAAGACUUCCGAAAAAAUGAUGGACCACCCUUGUUUCACGUCGUCCACCGUGUCCAUCGUGUCCUUUACAUUUACAUCUAAAAUUAUCUUCUCAGCACGCAAUGCAAGACACAAGGAGGACCUGAGACUCCCAGAGGUGUAGCUUGGGAGGGAGGGGUCCUGUGGUGGUCGUGAACUCCCUCUUUGUAAGCCUUUUUUAUGUCACAUGCAUUAGGUAAAACACGGCGUAAAGGUCGACAUGACAAUCUGCUGAGUACCCUCUGUUUGACACGAUGUGACCCUCCCCUCCACCUUUGAAAAAUCCUGAGUAUACCCCUGGAUUCCCCCUUGUGUUGCAAAGACUGAAAGCAAGCAAAGACCACACCACCAGGCUUAUAAAGUCCAUGUAUUUAUAAAUAGGAUCUUCACUGUUUCAUAUUUAGUUAAUUUUUCUUUUAUUAUCAGCAUCCAUGUAAGACAAAUUUCUUUCUUGUAUCCUUUUUUGUUGUUUCUUUCAUCAUCAUCAUCGUUAUAACUAAUAUAAUAAUAAUUAUUAUUACCAUUAUGAUUACGUGAUGUACAAACGAUAGCAUCCUGAGUUUUGAAACUAUCUUUUGUAUCUACUUUCAAAAGAACAUGCCUUCAAGAGGUUGACAUUUUGUUCAUAUAGUAACAUUUACUUCUUGUCGGUCAAAUUUUAAAACCAAAGGUACUUGCAUAAAACACGAGAUACAGUAGUCUAAUAGAAAGAACAUUAAAUCGUUCCAGCAGGCAAGAAAAAUUGAACUAUUGGAGAAUUAGAGUGAAACCUUAGUCUAAUCAUUACGAAACAACACAGAACACUGUUUUGAACCAUGUUCGAGCACUGCUGCUUCGUGAUUCCACAACAUUUUGACCGCUGUGAUAAGAACAAUGUUGUCGAUAAGAGCACAGAACACGUUAAACCAAUGUCGAUUUGUUAAAUAGAACUUAAGCACUGCCAUUACCAAUUUGUAAGCAUUUUAAUGUAUGAUAAGGAUAAUAAGAGAUAAAAUGCAGUGUGUUAUUAGUUACGUUGUGUAUAGGACCUGUUUUAUAAUGUUGGCAGAAUAUCUCUAUAAAAUGCAAAAAUAUGUAAGGAAAUGAAGAACGUUUCACCAUAGAGGUUCAAUUUUUCAAUCAAGUUUUCAUUUAUCUAUAAACGUGAUAAUUAAUUAUAUAUCCGUGAUGAUAACUGCUCUGCUACCGUUAACAGUUUCCAGCACUAGCAAAUGCCAAACACGUCUCUCAAAUAUGGGCUUAACGAACGUACAGAUUCCAACUUCCUAUUCAUUUAAGAGAGAAUUAUCUUCGCAUUUCGUUAAUUUCCAUGAAGUUUUACUAAUAAUUGCUGUAUUUUGCGAUUUCUGUUAUUUGUUUAUUUUAUUGAUAAAAAUCCAUUGUAAAAAUUAUCUAUGUAUUUGUUCCGUAAUCGUUUUCUUUUAAUUAGGUGUAUAUAUGUAAAUAAUUCAGUUGAAUACAGCAAGGCCUCUUUCCUGACUAAUAAACAUAUUUUCAAUCGUUAAA